UAAUACAUUUUCUUAGGGGUAACUUGGUCUUUUUGCAUAUCAUUUAAUGACCUCUACUCCAUGUUUAAUCCAUGAAAACAAACGGAUAGGGACUACGAACUUUUUAGCUAGGACUAAAAAAAAUCAUGAGACUUCUGAAACGAACGGGCCUAAACUAAACUAAACUGAACACAACCUGCCUAAACUAAACUAAACUAAACUAAACUGAACAGAACCUGCACUUUACCUACUGGUUUGGAAGAUAAUUUGUGGCACUUUCCUAGUGGUCUACACUUGACACGCACAAAGGAAAAACGUCGCCUUCCGGGCCACCAAGUCACUCGCGGACACGUAUGCGUGGCCGCGGUCACCGGCGAGCUUAUAAAAACGGGGAGCGCGCCCCCGAGGAGAAGGCCAGGACUCCACCCGCAACCACCGCUCCUCAUCUCAUCUGAGCUCCGUCGAGAAACCAACAAAGAAUCCAUCCACAACCACAAAGGGUCAGACGCCCAGGCCGGCCGCCAUGGCGAACCCAUGCACGACCUCGAGGCCGCCGUGCGCGGCUCCCAGCGGCACGGGCAAGCCCACCUGCCUCUGCUCGCCGACCAACCACCCCGGCUCCUUCCGCUGCACCCGCCACCGAAGCCCGCGGGGCCGACCGCAGCCGUCGUCGUCGCAGCAGUACCCGGCCGCUUCCGGCGCGAGCGCGACGGCGCGCGUCGACGGGAUGGUCAGGAGCGGCGGCGGCGGCGCCGCUGGAGGCAGGACAGCCAAGGGCCGGUCCGUCCUGCGCGCGCACCUGCUGCGGCUGGUCGGCCCGCCGUCCUCCGGCGGCGGCGACCACCGACGCUGCCGCGACUUCAAGCCCCGCCCGUCCAGGCUGGGCCGCCUCGCCGUGGCCGCCUGACGCCGGCCGCUCCUCACCUGCUCUGCUUCGCAGCUCGCAGCUCGCAGCACGCAGCUCGCUAGUCACUCGCGGUGAACGGUGCGCCUCUAUUUCGCGCGCACCGACGCUUGGAUCCGUUUAUCUAGCCGAGCCACUCUGGAAUCAAUGCUUUGUUAGUACAGUAGUUCUGUGAUGGACUGGUCACUUCCUGUAUGAAUCUGUGCACAUGUUCCUUGCAAUUUUUGGCAGAGGAGUGAAACGGAGUAGCGGUUUGUGUGUUAUCCAGCUUGUUACUGUGCUUGCAUUUGUGUUGCUCUGUAGAUUUACUGAUGAACGAGAAUGAUACAAAUUCAAAAGGAAAAAUAAAAAAAUCUACAGCAGAAUUUCUCA